GCUCUGACUGUAAUCCUGAUGCCAUUGGCCAGAUCAAGCCCGUCCUCCGCGGCUCCCGAGACGAUAACAACGACUGGACAUGACAGCAGCACGGUGACAACACUAAAGAGGACCCUUGCAGACACUUAAACCUGUAAAUAUGGCAAAUUAGACCCAAUAAUGGGCUUUAUUUCACAUUUGCUCUGUAUCAACGGCGGCAGCCUCUUGAACGCACGAGGUCUGGCUACUGCUGUUCUGCCCUGAGCGGCUUCAGGCUAAGCUAGCGCGCCAUAUAUACAUCCAGAUCAUUUCCAAGGCACCGGUUUUAUUUGUAGCAUCAUAUUACUAUAGAUUGUGUAUUUUUGCUGUCACGUUUUUCCAAACACGUAAGUAUGGCUCAUACGGGUGGAGCGGAAGACGCGACUGAAGGGAGCGGUUGCACGGGGCCGCUGCGCUCCCGCGUCGGCCUCAGGAGCGGCUCGUGCUCCGGCGAGAGUCAAGAGCAGCUUCGCGCGGUGAAAGCAACGCUGCUUGAGCGGUUGGGACCGCACGAGCGCCUGCUCACCUAUCUGCAGUCUGUGUUAUUGUGGGAGAGACCCUUUCACAGCGCCCUGCUGUACACGGCCGCCAAUGUCAUGUUCUGGUUUUUUGCUCUGAGCUCUUUGAGGUUGCUCUUUCUGCUGGCAUCAGGUCUGGCCCUGGCUGUUUGUGUCGACACUUGGAGGAAUAAGAUCUGGCCUAAGAUCAAAGUUAAAAGACAAGAUGAUAGUGAGAAUGAAAGCUGGGGUCUGGUGCAGCCUGGGACUUUGAGUGUGCCUGAAUUAUGCCACCACCUGGCUAAAGUUUGGGUUACGGGCUCUUCCUGUGCAACAGAUAUUGUGCAGUUCAAACGGCAAAAUCCAGGGAAGUUUUGUAUGCUGGUUUGUGGCCUGUUCACCAUAGUGGCCAUGGUGGGGCGCUACAUCCCUGGACUGUUGCUGUCAUACAUGGCUUUGCUGGGUGUGAUGCUGUGCCCAUUGGCUUUUUAUUAUCGGCUGUGGCAGCUUGCAUGUGUGAAGCUGGAGCCAGCCCUGCAGUGGCUGGACUUCAGCACCAAAGGAUACAUGAUGUCAAAGCCUAUAGAUAACCAGUUUCUUCGUAAGCCCAUCAGAAGCGGGACCUCCGAUGAUGCUAGUGACAGCGAAGAAGAACUGGCUGCAUUCUGCCCAAUGUUUGAUGAAGCAGCGGUUGCUAAGGAACUGGCACUGAUUGACUCUGAGCACUCGGAUGCUGAGGUGUCGUACAUGGAUAAUGGCACCUUUAACCUCUCCAGGGGUCAAACACCCCUCACAGAGGGCUCGGAGGAUCUAGACAGACACAGUGAUCCAGAGGAAUCAUUUGCCUGUGGGCUUCCAGACUUCCCCUCCAUCAACCCAGAUGCCACCCUGAUGGAGGACGAUGAUGAUGCCAGCAUCGGGCUGCCCAGUCUCAACUCGGCCGCACUCUCUGGCCCUCGCGGCUCUACCUCCGCCCUGCUGGACCUGGACACCCAGAUGGACUCUGAUCAGGAAGACUUCGACCCUGAGAUCUCCCUUGGCUUCCUAAAUACUACCUCUGACCUCACUAGUAACCUGGCAGGGGUUAUCGCCAGCAACAUGAUCCAGGCAGCCAUCGCAGGAGCCAUGCAGCCCCGCCCACCGCAGGGUCCUCGGAGAGAGAGUGGCCCACGGGCAGGAGCCGCUCCGAGAGGAUACAGAAAGCAGUCAAGCUCGGAGCUGGACACAGAUCUGGACUUUGAUGGCGAGGACUUUGAGAUGUUGGAUCAGUCCGAGCUGAACCAGUUGGAUCCCUUUGGAGGGGGGCAGGGGGGCCAAAACAGAACCCAGGGAUCCAGUUUCCUGUCCAACUUGCUGGGGAAGCCACAGUGAGCCCAUCUUGCAGAGACUCCCUCCGUCUGUCUGCUCCUCAUGUCCCUUGAUUCGUGUAGAAGUUUGCAGUGUUGGUUUGAAUGUCUACUGAGAUGCUUUCAAUUUUUCUGAGUGAGUGCGACGGAGAAAGAGUGUGUUUGUUUUGCACUGUUAUUGUAAUAUUAGAUUCACUUGCCAGGUUUCUUCAACUGGCUGCAGUUGAUAUCACUGUGAAGUAAUCUUGUUUGUAGUCUGAAUCUUCUUUGUUUAUGCUCCGUGAGCUUCUGUGUCCUCUUUCAUUCAUCUGAGAGUGUAUGCCACUCGUGUGUGUGAAAGACACUGAUUUAUUUUGUAGGCUAAGCAAUAGGACAACAAUCAUAGAAACAUUUAAAAAGAACCAAAAUCGUUUUAACUUCUUAGAAACCAGCAAAACCAACAUCAGACCUUUUUACUACAUCCAAGUCUUAUAGAUCUUUCACAUCAAUCGCUGUAUUAUUUGUCUUCAAUAAUAACACAUGGGACCAAAUCAGGCACUCCACCAUCGAUGCGAAAUCAAGACCCUUAGUGUAUACAGAUCUGAAGUCGCCUGUAAGAAAGAUUGUGAAAUCUACAGUCAAGAUGUUGCUGAGCAGAGGAGUCUGAUGAAGUAGCAGUGACAUAUUAAGGCAGCAGCCUCAUCUCAUGUUGUUAAAGUGAUAGUUCACCCAAAAAUCUAAAUUCUGUCAUCAUUUACUUGAACU